CUUAUGCUCUCCGUCGUAACACUUCGCCUAGCUAGCUUACCAAACUUGCAGUUGAAGAUGAGCGGUUUUCCGCCGCCGCCGGCGGGAACUGCAGCCUGGAGCACAGGCCUGUGUGGCUGCUUCAGCGAUUGCAAGAGCUGUUGGCCGGCGUUCUUCUGCCCGUGCGUGGUCGUCGGACAGGUCGCAGAGACCGUAGACAGGGGAAACACGUCUUGCGGCUUGGCGGGCGCGAUCUACUGUGGGUUGAUGCACAUAGGACCGUGCCUGCUCCCCUGGAUCUACUCCUGCUCCUACAGAAGCAAGCUCCGGGCGGCGUACGGCCUGCCGGAGGAGCCUUGCGCAGACGGCUGCGUCCACCUCUGCUGCGAGCCCUGCGCGCUCUCCCAGAUGUACCGGGAGCUCAAAAACAGAGGCGUGGACCCAGCAGCAGGAUGGGGAGUGAACUCGCAGAAGAUGACCUCGGCACCCGUACCGAUGCAAGAUAUGAAGCGUUGACAUACCAGCAGUGUUCUAGCAAGAGGCCAUCCGAUGUUUCCCAUCAGUGCAUGCUUAUUAUGUUGGGCAGAAGACGUUUACAUAUGGUGAUGUAGUAUAUGGUGAUGUAGUAUAUAUGACUACACAAUAAGUAAAUAAAUGGAGUCCAUGCCUAGAUCUGAUGUUUUUUAGAUAACUGAAUAAAACAAUAUCCUGGCCUCUGCAUCCGAAGAUGAUGCAAAUAGCCAAUUAAAUGUGUGGCUGCUGUUAAGUUACUAGAAGUUGUCGUGGUGUAAAUUAACCUGUAUGUAUGAAGUGUACAAGCUAGUUUCCGUAAA